AGUCUUUGAUUUUCCUCUCAUCAUGUAUCUCAAUUCCAGUAUUCUACCAAUCGAAGUAAAAUAAUAAAAAUAACAAAAUGCAAAUUCUUGUUUUCUUCUUAUUUAUUCACUGUUUGAAUAUUAGCUUCAUUAAUGGCGAAAUAUUAUCAGAACAAGAAGCAUUAUUAGCUAUUAAAUCUGCCAUUAAAGAUGAUCCUCAUAAACGUCUAUCAUCUUGGAAAAACACUACUCACCAUUGCAAUUGGUCGUUUGUCACUUGCUCUUCGUCUUCUCACUCUCCCACUGUCAUUUCCCUGAACAUCUCCAACUUAGAACUCAAUGGUACUCUCUCUCCUCAAAUCGGUUUUCUUACAAACCUGCAAAACCUAUCUCUCCGUGAUAACCUUUUUUAUGGGCAUGUCCCGUCUUCUCUUCCUCUACUUACAAAACUCCAAUAUCUCAACCUAGGAUUAAACCAAUUUAGUGGCCCACUCUCUUUAUUUGUUAAUAUGUCAGAGCUUCGGUGCCUUUAUCUUGAUGGGAACAACUUUUCUGGUACAAUAUCGCCAGAGUUUAGUAACCUUCAAAAGCUUCAAGUUUUGGAUCUUUCUUACAACUAUCUUUCGGGAUUACUUCCUUAUGAAUUAGGAUUCUUAAAGAGGUUGAAAAGUUUAGAUUUAACAGUUAAUCAAUUAGAUGGUGAGAUACCAAAUUCUUUUUCUCUUCUUAAAAAUUUGAUUCGUUUGGAUUUAUCUUUUAAUCAAUUAGAUGGUGAGAUACCAAAUUCUUUUUCUCUUCUUUCAAAUUUGAUUCAUUUGGUUUUAUCAUAUAAUCAAUUACAUGGUGCGAUACCAAAUUCUUUUUCUCUUCUUACAAAUUUGAAUUUUUUGGGUUUAUCAUAUAAUCAAUUACAUGGUGAGAUACCAAAUUCUUUUUCUCGUCUAACAAAUUUGAUUUUCUUGGAUUUAUCAUAUAAUCAAUUACAUGGUGAGAUACCAAAUUCUUUUUCUCUUCUUACAAACUUGACGUCCUUAAUUCUUUGUCAAAACAACUUACAAGGUUUCAUACCAGAGUUUAUUGGAGAUUUAUCUAAGUUAGAAGACCUUGAAAUUUGCGCAAAUAAAUAUACAGGAAGUAUUCCGCAUAAGUUGGGGAUGAAUGGGUUAUUGACAUACCUAGAUGUUUCUUCAAAUAAGCUUAGUGGUCCAAUCCCUGAGAGUUUAGGGAAUUGUAAGUUACUAUUUUUUCUAAAUUUGACAAAUAAUCAACUCACGGGUCAGUUACCUGUCAACAUUGGAAAGCUUACGAGUCUAAGGUUUUUGUUGGUUGCCAACAAUAACUUGAUUGGAAAAAUCACACCACAAAUUACAGGAUACAAUAUCACGAAUUUUAAGAACUCUUCUAUCUGCAACUUGGUUAAUCUUGAAAUCCUUGAUUUAUCUUAUAACAAGUUUAAUGGAGAAGUUCCUCAUUGCUUGGGCAAUACUAGUACUCAAUUAGCUGUAUUGAAUCUCCAAUCAAAUAAUUUCAAGGGCAUCAUACCUAGGACGUUAUCUAAAUGUGGAAACCUGAUGUUCCUAAAUUUGGGGAACAACAAAUUCAAAGAUGUAUUCCCCUAUUGGUUAGGUAGCCUUCCGAAUCUAAUGGUUCUCAGCCUACCCUUCAAUAAAUUUCAUGGUGAUAUAACCAACAAUUUAACAAAGAUUGCAACAUUUCCUUUUUCAAAGCUACAAAUUCUCGACCUUUCAAACAAUAAUUUAUGUGGUAAGUUGCCAUUCAUGUACAUUAAACAAUUUCGUUCCAUGAUGGUCGACAUGUCUACUAUAGGAAGUCCAAGCUACUUACAAUAUUAUAGUUAUAUGUACUCCAUCAGGAUGAUAGUAAAUGGGGUGGAACUGGAUUAUAAGGAGAUAAUUACUUCUAUGUCAACAUUUGAUAUGUCUAAUAAUCACUUUGAAGGAGAGAUUCCGAAUUCUAUAGGGAUGUUACGAGCACUUCGAAAUCUUAAUCUCUCGCAUAACCUACUUACUGGAAACAUCCCUCCAUCCAUCGGGAACUUAUCAUUGUUGGAUGGUUUAGACCUAUCAUCAAAUAGGCUUAUCGGUGAAAUCCCUCAAGAACUUGUUAGUUUAACAUUUCUCGGGGUUUUUAAUGUUUCAUAUAAUCAACUGGAAGGGCCUAUACCCCAUGGUAACCAAUUUGAUACCUUCCCAUCUGAUUCGUACGAGGGAAAUCUUGAAUUGUGUGGAGCACCAUUACUUGAAUGCAAAAACAAUAUUGUUGUGCAAUCUUUGAACAAUGAUAAUGUGGAAGAAAAAACAGAAUUAUCGAUGUGGGAAGUUGUAGUGAUUGGAUUUGGAAGUGGUACAACAGUUGGUUUGGCUUGGGGGUACCACAUAUUGUCAGUGGGGAAGCCUUUUUGGCUUUUUAAAUUGUUGAACAAAAUGGAAUGGGCUUUAGUUGAUUUUCAUGACCACCAUUUCAGUAGAAGAAGUAGAACAAGAACAACAAAGAACUAAAAGUGAUCAUCUAUCUGAGAAACAUUUCAUUUGUAGCUAGAAGUAGAGUAUGAUGGAAUGGGCCUUUUUGGGCUUUACUUGAAUUUGUAGCAUUUCCUUUUUCUUUUCACUAUACUUUAUUCAUAAUUAUAUUUUGUGAUAAUAACAUUUUUUUUUCCAUAAAAAAAUAUAAAUGUGUGCCAAAUGGGUGAAUGUGAUAAUCUAUCUAAGAAAGAAAUAUUUCUUUCAUGAGAUGUCUAUAAAGCAUAAAAUGUCAUGUUUUCCACUGCGUUGUUAAAUUAGUUGAUUUCGUUUUUCCGAGUUUAUUCAAUAAAUUAAUUUUCAGCUUUUACUAUAUUUACAAU